GAGCAGUUCGGAUGGUUGCCACGAUCCAUGGGUCCCUAUGGUGACGGUCAGUAGUAGCGGAUCGAGCAUCUCUAGAAUGAAGCCUGCGUGACGCGUCUGCGCACUCCGACGCACCUAGCUCCCCCACCCCCUUCACCCCUCCUAUGCCGCCGCCGCUCUUUCGCGACGCGAAGGGUCCAUCGGCUCCUCGCGCGGCCGCCAGUCACUGGCGUCGUUCUCAUACCGGUUUACGUGUCGUCGCGACGCUGCCGGCAGUGCGUCGCCGACGGGCGUCCACGACGCGUCCCGUCGUCGCCGUCGUACUCGUCGUUGCGUUCGAUAGUGCGUGAAAAAGAGACGAAAAGAAAAAAAAAAAUACACUGUGCUCGAUUCGGUCGGAUUGAUUGGUGACGUCACAACAAACAAUAGCGUACGAGAAUCCAUUAGAUCCAUCGAUAAAUCUCGUAAGUGGUUCGAGUGACGAAGCAAAAUUUUUCUCUAAAGGACUAUAAAAAUCUCGAUGCGCAUCGGUGCGUCAGUGAAAUGCCAAUCGUCGUCGUUUGAACGUCCGUCGUGAGAAAUCCGAUCGUGGAUUCUUGCCAUAAUGUUGCCGCCGAUCAUCGGCAACAUCAACAGCAACGACAUAUUGACGUUGUACACGAAUUCCGGCAAUGGUAAUGGCAGAAAUGUGGUGGCGGCGCGAGCGAUCAGCAGGGGUCGUUAUGCGGAAAUCGGCGUUAAGAGGAGCGAUGUCUUCCUGGAACCGUACCUGCAGCAGCACGGGACUGUUCAGGUGGUCAGCUCGCCGAGCACCUCGCCGCCGAAUCCGCUGCAGCAUCGUCAACUUACGCAGCUGCAUCAUGUGCAGAGUGAAGAAUCACUUUCAUCGGAAGGAUCGGCCACUUCGGGAGGAUCUUCGGGAUCUACGGAAAACUCUGGUAGCGAAGUGGCCUGUGACAUCACUCUGAUCGAAAGACUUAUACGCUCUCAUCCGAUCUGGUUUCUGCCAGGCAUCCAGAGAGCUGGGGCCUUCCACUUAUUACAGGGCAAAGAAGAGGGGAAUUUCGUGGUGCGACAAUCGAGUCAGAGUGACACAAUGGCUCUCUCGGUGAGAUUACCGGCCGGGAAGGGACCAUACAUUGAGCAUUACUUGAUCCAGGCCAACAAGGGCAAGCUAAGCUUGGAAACGAGCGAGAAUAGAUUCGACAAUAUCCCUUCACUGAUUGCUCACUAUUCGCAAUGCUGCAGUGACGAGCUGCCGGUGCAGUUGAUUCUGCCAAGGGCGAUGCGAGAAGCGAAGAAUAGGCAGCAAUUGUCGUCACUGGCAUUGCUGGGCCAGGAAUUUUGGCGGUAUCCUAUGGCAAAUCCAAAGCCACCGGAAAGUAGUAGCAGUAAUACUUCUAGUCUCAGCAGUUUCCAUGGUGGCAACAAUAACCAUAAUAAUAACAAUAAUAAUAACGCGGACACGCCAACCACGGAGAGUAUAGUGCUCAAUCUGGCCCCAAUAUCGUCUCAUAAUGCACACACCCCCUCUCCGACGAAUACCAUUAACGCAAACACAUCGACAUUUGCAUCAUCAUUGCCACGACAGCCGCGUCCAACUCCGCCGAAUACCCUCAAUCUGACAACCUUCAAUGAACCUUUGAACGAUAACAAAAGGGACCGGAUUUUAUCACCAGGUGACAAGCUCUCUCACAAACUGAUCUCGCCAAAUCUUGUGCAAAGCAUACGAUGCCCAUCACCGGUAGUCCACAAUGUGGAGAACAAUGUUUUGAGUCCAGCGCAGGAUAUUAAAAACUUUGACACUCUGAAGAACGGCCUAGACACACCGAAGUCGACGACGAUCGAGUUCAUCAAGAAUUCAGAGAAAUUUAUUUCUACCUCAAGCUUCCAUCAGAACAAUUUGUCAUGCACCUCACCAGAAUUACCGGAUAUUAGGAACAUUGUUGUUGAGAAUGAUAAAACGCAAAAUGUAAAGACGCCACCGCCACCGCCACCAAGAUGGGCCAAGCCUGGCAUCAAUCAGAACCAAAGUAAUUUUACCGUGACUACAACGGUGUCCUUCAACGUGAAUCAGAGUAACGGCUUGAAUUCUUCACAGCAAAAUACACCAUCGGAUCCCAAUACAUCACUGUUGAGUCCUCAAUCUAACAAAUCUCUCACUUCCAACUUUUCUGUCAAAUCACCUCUUUCACCUAUCACACCAAUUUUAUCCCCCACCUCCAAGCUAAUCUCGAAAACACCCAGCGUACUUUCUCCAAAUACUCCCUCCAGUACUAGUAAAUCAAAAAGACGGCGUGAUCGCGAGAACCGGAAAAACUCUCAGCAUUAUCAGGAGUCGGAUAUCUUGGAAUCGUACUAUCGCAGCUCACCAGCUGACAAGAUUUCCGACUACGAAGAUAUUUGGAACACGACCGACCAGUCAACGCAAUCGACUUGGAAUGACAGAUUGAAGGAAAACAAGAUUGUUUGCACCCCGCAAGAUCGUCUAAGGAAUUCCAAUGACCGUCUGUUGAGUCCUAAAGAAUCCGAAAGAAGUCUUAUUAGUGAAAGAUUGCCAGUGGGAGAACAGAUGAUUUUGAAGAACGAGAGAUUUAUCUUAAGAAAUGAUAAGAUAGGAUACAAGGAGAUGACAAGUCCAGAGUUUAGUAGCUUCAAGCCUGUUCCGGAAAUGAAAAGUCCUGAUCAAAAUUCACUAGAGGAGAAUGGAAUAGGGAAGAGACCCGAUCUGCUAUCCAGAGUUUGCAGUGCCAAUUCAUUGAAUAGUCCGAACACAGUGACGCCUCCGAGAAAUAAAUUGGGCCUUGUUUUGGCAAAUUCAGAGAGCAACAGUCCCCUGACUCCAGAAUCUAAACAGAGUAGCCCUUUUUAUGCUGAACCAGCCGAUGCUAUUGCUCAAAAUGCUGCUAUAAUUCCGAGGAGACGACCAAAUAGAAAUAAUCCAGCGAUAAAUAAGUAUCGACAUAGCGAACCAGGUUGGUUACAAGCUCCGACAGGAAACAACUCAAAUCAAUUGCAUCCUAUCGACUGCUGGGAAGAACCACCUGAGGAAACAGAAGAUAAAACGCCAUUAAUUUCAUCGUCGGUCGACAAUCUGGCAAGGAGAUUGGGCCAAACUAGAGAGACGAAGAAGAUUCCUCGGGCAAAGCCCGUUCAGCCACCGAAGAUAAGGACUAAAGUGUUCAAUGAUACCUCCUGGACAGUGGACUCUAGCUGGGAGUUUAUCGGCAAUGAGGAAGAACCAGAUUGUGAGCCAGACUACGAUUGUGAUGCCGACUACGACAGUGACAAUAUUGCGAGAAAAUUCCCGAGUGACGAGGAGUGCAAUAGAAACAUAGUUGGAGAUACUUUGACAGUUCAGAGUAUAAUCCUGCAACGAUACCCGGAAUUGCUAAAGUCGCCGGACACGUGCGAAUCGUUAUAUAGCGAUCGAAACUCUUCGUAUGACAACGUAGAAAAGCGGAACAUGGACCGCGAGGAUACGCCAGAUUCACGAAAAGAUCGCACGUACGAUCCUUCCGAAUGGGAGACUAUGCUGGACACGGACGUGGAGACCGACAUGGAAAAGAUCAAGCGAAACAAGAGUUUUAAGGAACGACUGGAUCCUCUUUUAUCACCGCCACGAAUACAAGCGCUUUCGAGAAAUCGUGAUCAACAGAGUGGAACCGGGGCGGCUAUAAGAGCCUACGCUCUCCAACUUGCGGCGGACAAAACCACGACCUUUUCGCAGAAUAUCGACAACUUUAUUCAAUGCACGCGGGAGAGUAAAGAGGUGACUCCUCAUGUGGUGAUGCGCAACAUGCGGCAGUUCAUGUCGGGUAUGAAGAAUUACUUGGUGAAGCACGGUGAGCGCGAGUUUGAGAAAGAAGUGGAGAAGGAGCGAUUAAAAUUGCGGCCGAACGAGUUCCUCAAUCUCGACGCGAUCCUCGAGGAUGUGAUGAUGGGCCUAGUGGUGAGGCCUCUGCGGGAACACGUUUGUCGGCUGUUCAUUGACUACUACGUCGCCACUGGAGUGCUACAGACUCUGGCAGAGAAUAUUCAGCACGCCCAGGGCAAGACCAUUCACGAUCUUGGUGUUCGAUCGAAGAUCAUCCCCCCUUCAGAGGAAAAUCUGGAACGCAUUCUCAAGUGCAUAGAACGGCUACAAAGAGCUGACUCUCCACUUGAAAAACUGGAGCAUUUAUUGACAGCCAUUUCGGCCAUCUUCAACUCAGUGAAGCAAGCUAACUCUGGUAGACAUAUUACACUGGGUGCCGAUGAUCUUUUGCCACUGGUGAUCUGGGUUUUAGUACGUGGCAAAGUAGUGGACGCGGAAAUCGAAGCCGAGUACAUGUGGGGCCUGUUGCACGCUUCUCUGUUAAAUGGCGAGGGCGGCUAUUAUUUGACAACGCUAUCGAGCGCGGUGCAUGUUUUAAAGACUUUUGUGUCUAGCCAGGGCACCAUGUCUACACUGAACGGAUGUGGAACUCCCGAUUGUUCGUCUGUGCUGCGGAUUUUGGUACCGAAUGAGCUGCACGGUUCCCUAAAUACCAGAACGCUUCCAGUACGACCUAACAUGAACACCAGGGAAAUCUGCCGCAUCCUUGCACAUAAGAUCAGAUGUACCAAUCCUCAGGACUAUGGGCUUUUCAAGUUAGUGCAAGGAGAAGAAACAUUACUUGGAGAUCACGAAUGUCCGCAGGAACUCUCUCACUGCCUUUUCGCCUACAAACGAAUCGACGCGAAAAUAGCGUGGCCCAAGACCAGUUCUUAAAAGUUGCGAAAUAUUUUAAUUAACAUAAAAUUAGUCUCUCUAGAUAUCACCCAUAAGUCGAUAUUGUCUUUUCCAAGAUAUAAGUCAUAUAUCAUAAAAAGCACAUUUUUUUUUUCCACUAAAAUAUUUAAAUAUCGAAUUUAAACUUGAGCAUUCGAAAUUCUUUUUUAAUUUUGACAUGGAAAUUCUUUCAACACUGCCAUUUUUUAUGAACAGUUUCUUAUAAGAAACUAACGACAUAUAUAAAUAAGAGAAUUUUUGUCACUCACACGUAAGUAUUUUGGUUACUUAAUGAAGGAAAAUGAAGUAUUAAUUAUUAUUGGAAACAAAAAGAAAAGUUGAUAUAAAUUUUCUAUUUAGUAUAAAUAGAGAUCUCAAUCAGAUAUUUAAUCACAGAUUUGUUAUAUUUUAACCCUUAGUAGGCAAAAUUUUGGUUUUUAAGACCAUAUAAUAUUAAAAUUAAUAAUUAAAUAAAAAAAGUAAAGUUUUACACACACAUAAUAAUAAUAUGAUAAAUGGCAUAUGUGUAUAUAUAUAUAUAAUUUUUUUUUCCUUUUAUACAUAGAUAAAAUAUUCAUAUACAAAAAAUAAAUAACAAUGUCAUUUUUCUUUUAAAUAAAUAAUUUUUUUAAGUUUCUAAUCAUGAUAAUUUUUUUUAGUAUGAUUAUGUAAAUUUCGAAAAAAAAUACUAUAAUAAAUAUCAAAAAUUUACUACUAAAUUUAUAAUGUGUUUGGUAAUCUGAUCUUCUGAUACGAUUGUCUAUAAUUUUAAUAUUUUUUCUUAUUUAAUAUUUUUGCUAAACUUUGAGUAAGGAAUUUGUUGCCUUUUAAGGGUUAAUAUAACAUUUGAUUAAGAUCAUCGCAAUUACAAAUUGCACAGAAACAAAAUUAUUUUCUGUGAUUAAGUGUUUAUUUAUCGAUCGAUUUGACGCAAAGAUGAUUAAGAUUAUAUUAUAUCAAAUUUAACGGAAUAAAUAAUUUUAACAGAACAAAAAAGGAUAAAAAUUCUCGCACAUAUAUGUAUGUGUGAGAAAUGCUAAUCUUGGAGCGUGUGUACGAUCGCGAUCGCACGGUAUAUGUACAGUGUAUCGCGAAAAGUCGUAUUUAUUCACAGUAUUCAGUGUCUCGUGAACGUUUGCAAUAAAAAAAAAGAACAUUGCUCUUUCGAAGCGAAGUUCUUUUAGAACGAAGUGGGACUUACGUCGAGAGAUCAAAAAAAAAAAAAAAAAUGAAUAAUUAUUUGAUAAAUAAAUUUGAAAAUAAAAUUAAAGAUUAAUAAAUUAUAUAUUAUUUAUCUUUUUAAUUAAUAAUUAAAAUAAGUUUUUUAUUUUAUUAAUUAUUAAGAAUUAUGAAAUUAUUAUUACUUACUACUCAAUGCUAAUUAAUUAAUAAUUAAAAUAUCCAUGUUUUUUACGGAUUUUUUUAUCAAAUUAAAUAAAUUUUGCUCUUUGUAAGACACUAUUACAUUAGUUUAAAAAUUUCUUUGCUUGAGUCUUUUUAUUUGUUUCAAAAUUAUAAAGAAAGACGAUCAAGUUUUUUAUUUUUGACAAUUCACUUUUAAGGUUCUAGUGUUCUUAUUGUAGACAUAUAUUAUGGCAUCAAAAAUGAGAAAUUGUAUAUAUUUAUUUACAAAUACAUUUUUUUGCAUUUUAUUAUACAUAUCCGAUUAUUAAAUUGAUAAAAUAUAUAGAAGAUUUCUUUUCAUGGAUUAACAUAAAUAAUUGUAAAUCUUUAUAGGGCAUAUGCUUGAUAAAUAUAUAUUCAUUCAUAUUUAUUACUACAUUUAUUAAAUUAAUUGCCUCAUUAAACUAAACAAAUCUAUUUCAUUUAUACAUUUACUACAUUUACAGAAUGAUGAAAAAGUUUUCAAUACUUUAAUAAUGAAAUAUGCUACUGCCAAACGCGAAUGACGGUAUAUAAAAAAAAUUAAUUUAUUUUGAUAUAUAAUGAUAGAAAUGUACAAAGAAUUUCUCAUUCUUGAUAUUAUAUUUCAUAUUAUAUAAUUACAAUAAGAAACUUUGAUCAAUAAAGUUCUCAUUUUUUUAUUGAUACAAGAACAAUAUAAAAAAACGAAAUUUUUUUUAUUAACUUGACAUUUUUGCUUCUAAUUCGAUACAAUUUGUUUAUUUUUUAUAAAUAUUUAAUUUUAAUUUUUAUUUUAUUUUUCUGAUUAUAUAGAAGAAAAUUGAGAAAUAUAAAACUUUUUUAAAAAUCUUAUUUUUUAAUUAAAAAGAAAAUAUAAUAAAAUAUACAUAUAUAAUUAAUAUCAUGAUAUAUAUAAUCUUGAUGUGUAUUGAUAGUAUGCUGAUCUCUGGACUUGAGAACCAACUUCUGUGAAUGUUAUACAUAUAUAUAUGAAAGACAUAAAUUGCUCUAUAUGUUUUUAAAGAACAUUGAAUGACAAAAAAAAAUCAAUAAAGAAAUUUCUCCGCGUGCACAUUUGGACGCAAGGUUUAGAAACAAAGAACGAAAAAGAGUAGCUUUUAGGAUCUCUAUUUUAAGUACUUUCUACGAGACAAAGAGUCGUGAAAUCUAACAAAAUAAGCAAUCCAUAUUAUUAAAGAAAUUUCGUGUAUUUAUUACUACAAGUUGUAUACAUAUUUUUAUUAAUAUUUUUGACAUGUGAUUCCUUGCUUUUCUUUUCCGCAAAAAAAAUUUGUUAGGCUGAUUUGGAUCUACAAGGCUGUGUAUGUGUAUAAAUAUGUAGCUCUUAUACCACGUGUGUCUCAACAAAAUUAUAAAAUAAAGAAUGUUAAUAAUAAUAAAAAUAGUUGGUGAUAUGAUAUUAGAGAUAAAUAAACAUUGAUAAUUUUUACAUUUGCAAGAAAUAUUAAUGAUUUUUUAAAAUUUACGAGAAGUAUUGACAAUUUCUUAUUUGCAAAAAUGACAUUAAAAAUAUUUUGAUACAGAGAGUUCGUACAAAUCAGCCUUGCAUUUUUUUUAUCGUUUUCUACGACUAGCGCAUUUGUUACGUAUAUACUAUAAUAAUAAUUAGUAACCUAUAAAUGUACAUUUUUCAUAUUUAAUUUAUUUAACACCUUUUUAAUACACUACAUACUUGUAUAUCGUAAUUAUGACGUAGAUGUGCUCUCAUUCUUUUUAUGAUGAUUAACAUGUCGAUAUAUGCUUUUAAUGUACUAGUCAAACCGAUACAAAUCGGAGAAGUUUGUAAAAUUACAUUUAAGUAACUUUUCAUCCGUUGCAGAAGCCUGUAUCAUUAAUUAUCAUUAUAUACACUUUGUUAUUAGUUAAUAUUAUCAUUGUAAUGUAAAUCUAUGCUCAAUAAACACUUUUCUAUUAUUCGUACGUA